AUGGGCAACACUCUCUUUCCCGAUGACCCAGACAAAGUCUCUGUCAUCCGCUAUCUCACCCCUGAUAUCAUAACCUUCAGUCUCCCGUUUGCCCGAUUCGGGAUUGUCAAAUUCGGCGCCAGAGCAACAUUAGUCAAACUCCCCUCCGGAAACCUUCUUAUCUUCUCGCCUACCCCCCUUACCCCCACCAUCCGCUCCGUCAUCGCCAAGACCGGCACUGGCCAGAUCGGCUACAUUGUCGCCCCAGAUACCGAGCACCACCUCCAUCUCUCGGCCUGGAAAACCGCCUACCCGGGCGCCCGCAUCAUUGCCCCAGAGGGGCUCCUCGAGAAACGUCAACGAACGCUCGGCAACGGGCCCGAUACCUCGGCCGACUGCAACCCUGCCUUCGAUUACAUCUACACCGCCGCCAACAAGUAUUCCUUGCAAGUAUCCGACGACCCAGAGUUCCACGCUACCUUCGCAGUGGAGUACGUGCACAGCCACCCGAACCGAGAGAUCGUGCUUCUACAUAAGCCCUCCCGGUACCUGAUACAGGCGGACCUAAUGUUUAAUUUGCCGGGAACAGAGCAGUACAGUCUGUCGGGUGAAAAGGCCGAGGACGGGUUGUGGAAUCGGCUGGGGAUGGGGUGGAUGAAGGCACGGACGCCGGCGGAGCGGACAGCGCAGGCUCGAUUUGUGUGGUAUGUGCUGGCCGCGGGGGAUCGUAAGAACUUUGGGGAGAGUAUCCGCCGAAUUUGGGGGUGGGACUUUGGAGGGAUUGUGCCGUGUCACGGGGAUGUUAUUGAGGAUGACCAGGAAGGGAAAGGGAGGGAGGUAUUUGAGGGGGUGUUUGAGGGUUUUUUGAAAGGGUGA